ACCACCCAACCUCCUCCCUCCUCUCCAACCGAGGAGGUUCCUGAUCGCACUCGUGUGGUAGCGUAGCUAGGCGUCAGCAGGCCGGAGGGAUGGGGCCGCAGAAGAGGACGACGUUGGUCUACAGCUUCGUGGCACGCGGUACCACCGUGCUGGCCGACCACGCCGAGGUCUCCGGCAACUUCGCCUCUGUCGCUGCACAAUGUUUGCAGAAGCUCCCGUCCUCCAACAACCGCCAUAGCUACAACUGCGACGGGCACACCUUCAACUACCACGUCCAUGAUGGAUUCACAUAUUGUGUUGUUGCUACUGAGUCAACUGGUCGGCAACUUCCGGUUGGCUUCAUUGAGAGAGUAAAGGAAGAUUUCUCCAAGAAAUACAGUGGAGGAAAAGCAAGAAGUGCUACUGCGAAUAGCCUCAAGCGUGAAUAUGGGUCUAAACUUAAAGAGCACAUGAGGUACUGUGACCAACACCCUGAGGAGAUUGACAAACUUGCAAAAGUGAAAGCUCAAGUUACAGAGGUCAAAGGAGUUAUGAUGCAAAACAUUGAAAAGGUUCUAGAUCGUGGAGAGAAAAUUGAACUGCUCGUCGACAAGACAGAGGAUCUACGCUCACAGGCACAAGACUUUAGACAACAAGGAACAAAGAUUCGGCGAAAGAUGUGGUGGGAGAAUAUGAAGAUGAAGCUCAUUGUUUUUGGUAUUGUAGUUGCAUUGAUCCUCCUCAUCGUCUUGACAAUUUGUCGUGACUUCAAUUGUUGGUAACACAACAUAUAUAAUCUGCCUCACCGAAUAUUGUCAUAGCUUUCAAUUUUGAUGUUGCCGAAGAAAUGGACAUGCCAGAAACGGGGAAAACGAGGAAAUUCAUAUUACUACACCAUAGAAAGGUGUUUGGAAGAAACCUACCACAUAGGUAGUGCAAGAUCACCAUGAAUCUAUCAGUUUGAUUGAAAUUGUUGCUAGCUCUCACAUUUUCUUUAGUUAUUUAUGGACCUUCAAGGCUCACAAUAUAUAAUAGAGUCUUUCCUGUGCAUGUACAGGAUGUCUAUAUUAUUUCUACAAUGUAAUAGUAUUCCUGUAAUUCAGAACAGAUACUUUUGCAUGUUUUGCUAUAAUGUAUUUCAUACAGAGUUUGAUUAGGUCCAUGCUUCUAUGU